AUCGAUAAUUCGAUAGUUCCUGCAUUACCGCCCCACAAUUUGGAAUGUCCCCCACAACUCACCCAGCUAACUCACUUACCGGAUGAUGACUGCUGUAUGUACUGGACUUGCGGACGUGGUGAUCAUAUGCAAGAUCACUUAGAAGAAGCCGAAAUAGUCACGUACACAGCACAACCUUUACCGAAACCAUCAUCAAUGAGUAUGAUGACAGAAGACCACGAAGAACAUUAUUUACACAAAUUAACCCGAAAUGAAUCCCUGCCAACAACAGUUAGCGAAUCUAACGAAGCUACAACAAGGAGUAGUACCGCAGACCACCAUAAAGGGCGAUCGUUAAAUUUUAGCCUUCACGAUCAUAGCAAAGAUAAUCAGCUGAUGGGAAAAUCGUCGGGCAAGACGUUUGAUUUGAGCGACGUUAGUAUGGACGACGAAGAUGACCAAAUGGAAAUAAUGCCCAAGAAUCCGGAAAAAGUUAAAGUUGGCACUUUUUGCACACUCAAUGGUUUAACGUAUGACAAUGGAGAAAAAUUAGAAAACGGCUGUGAUUCCAUAUGUACCUGUACAAAUGGAAAAAUGAGCUGUACGGGCAGGUGCUUGACACCCUUGGUCAAAAAAGGUGCAAAAGAGAAUGAUCCCAUGUGCGUAGAGAAACCGGUCGACGAUCCCUGUUGCGCAAGUUUGAUGUGCGACAAAGAUAAAGUAAGUCACUCACAAAAAACCUGUACAUACAAGAGUAGAAUGUAUCAAAAAGGCGAAAGAAUUGAAGAUGGUUGUGAUUCUCUUUGUACAUGCCAUUCUGCAGGAAACGUCACAUGUGAACCAAGAUGCAAAGGUGUUGGUAAGAAUUCUGAUCACUGUGUGGAAGUUCCGGAUCCCGCUGAUCACUGUUGCAAAAAGGUACUUUGUGAUGUAACACUGAAUGAUCACGAACCGGAAAAAGAUGUAGACGAACCAAAAAUCAAAAUUAUUGCAGUAAAACCAAUAAAUAGUACUACUAUCAAAAUAGAUUUUGAACCCGAUUCUAGGAAGAAUUAUAGUACUAUUGCUGUGGAGGGCAGUUUAAACAAAAGCGUUUGGAUUCCACUCCAAUUGUCCACAAACGGAAUGGCUAACGCAAAAAAUUCAAAAUACAUUAGAUUGAAAAAUCACAAUGACAUAUUUGAAAUACCAAACACGUUAAAUUGCGAAUACAAAGGCCACAACCUCAAGCUUAAUGAAGAAUACAAUGACAAUUGCACAUCCCUUUGUGUUUGUCGCGAGAGUGGCGUUCAAUGCCUCACAAUGGAGUGCCCGACAUAUUUUGGCGUAGACGUAAUUAAUCCGAAUUGCAUAGAGUGGGAAUCCGAACCGCCGAAUUUUGUUCCCUCGCCCCCAGAUUGCUGUCCGAAGUCUGUGGUGUGCAAAAAUAACGGAAGCUGUCUCUAUAAGGGGGAAAUGUACAACAAUUGGCAACAAGUUCCAACGAAUAUUACGGGCUGCGAAAAGCGUUGUUAUUGUGAAAUGGGGAAUGUUGAAUGUCAAAAUGUUUGCCCACCAGUUCCUGCAUUACCGCCCCACAAUUUGGGAUGUCCCCCACAACUCGCCCAGCUAACUCACUUACCGGAUGAUGACUGCUGUAUGUAUUGGACUUGCGGACGUGGUGAUCAUAUGCAAGGAACUAAGUAUAACGAAUCUGUGGAAGAGCACGAAGGCGAAUUUCAGAAUCCAGAAUUAACAACGCCUUCUGAUCCCCUUAAUUUAAUCCCCGACCAUUCACCCUCAAAAAUAUUAGGCCCACUAGUUGUAUAUACAAACAAAGACUCUAAUACAAAUCCUGACCUUAAUAUUUUGCCCAAUAUAACGGUAGAUGAAAAUCCAUAUUACACUAAAGAGUACAAAAAGGAAUACGAUCACGGUAUGAAAAAUCAUGGUGCAGUAAAUGACAAACAUUACGAACCAGUCAAAAAGAAAGAACAUGGCGGUGGCAGUUUGAAAGAUCUGCCAUUGCUUGGAUCACAUAAUGAAUCUAAACAUUUAAACAAAAAUAAACCUAGCAAGACCUCGGUUACACCGAAACGUGAACCACCAAAUGCAUUUUUACCAACCCCCUUCAUACCACAACAUCCACAAACCACACCAGUUACACCUCACAUUGCCGUGCACGGAAAAGGAGAUCCGGAUGAACUAUUGCAAUUCAUUAACGACCACCCGGAAUUAAUUAAUAAUUAUCCAUCCGGAUCCGUUUUUGAAGUUCAUGAUAUUCCACAUGCAAACAACCCGGCCAUUUCCUAUCCACAUAGUCCACAACAUCUGGGAAUUAAUUUAAAUCCUCAGUUAAAUGUUGAAAACAUAUUGCAACAGAUACAUAAGCACCCACAGCCGUUUUUACCUUUUGCUCAAUCUCCCCCGUCCAAUGGGCACCUACUAAUGACAUCACCGAACGGUUUAGGUAUUCCAACACAACAAAAUUUGUCACAACCAGGGAUUAAUAACGGCCAAAUCUUCCCAGGAGGAUAUUAUAAUGUGCCACCAGGAUUCCAACAGCCUCAAGAUGAGGUUAACAUACAUACGUUAGAGGCUGUAGAUGCGCAUACGAUUAGGUUAGGAUUUUCGGUUCCAUCCAUAAUAGUGGGAUUACAUGGACGAAUAGACAUUCGAUACACGUCGAAAGACAAUAACGAUCCAAACACUUGGCAGUCGCAAGUAUUUUCACCACCAAAUGAUCUAAUCGAAACGGCACAACUGGAAGUAGAUCUUACUGGGUUAAAAGAAGACACCGAAUAUAAAUUGAAAAUAAUCGUGACCUUGAGAGACUUGCAUAAUACGCCAUCUAGCCGUGUAUACACAGUACGAACGUUGCAGGACGCCCCGCCCACUUUACCACCUUCCAUACCCAUCGAGCCCAAUUUGGUGGUGACUGAUGUAAAUUCUACAUGGGUAAACAUAGCCUGGAGAAAAUUCUCGGAUAAGGAACUUCAAUUCGUCGACGGUGUUCAGAUACGCUACCGGGAAAUAGACGGGAAAAUUUACGCGGCGACCCCCUUAAUUCACCGAGCUGUAACCAGUUACAUGUUAGAGAAUUUAAAACCGACAACCAAAUACGAAGCCGGAAUUUUCUUUAUUCCCUUCCCGGGACAACUCACCGAACUGCACUCUGAAAAUAUGAUCCAUUUUACAACUGCAAACGAAUUGGAUAGCUAUGGAUUUAAUGUAACAUUGGAAGUCGGUUUAGUAAAAUCGACAAGUGUAGAAAUCACUUGGUCUGGCGUACCCUACCCAGAAGAUAAAUACGUUAAUAUUUAUCGUGCCAUUUAUCAAAGUGAUUCAGGUAAAGGAGAUUUCAGCACAUUUAAGAUGGCGAAGCGCGAUUCACCUCCAAAGGCUACUAUUAUGGACCUAAAACCUGGAAUCCGCUACAGACUUUGGUUAGAAAUAUACCUGACAAAUGGGCGGAUAAAAACCAGUAAUGUACAAGACUUCGUAACGAAACCAAGGUCUGCCCCCACCCUAAGUGCGUCAACCCAGCAAGGAAAAUUGGAAUCUGAAGAAUUAUCUCCUCACAAAGGAGAUUACUACGGGCCCCUAGUCAUUGUGGCGAUAUUAGCUGCAAUAGCAAUUAUAAGCACACUAAUACUUUUGUUAAUAUUAGUUAAGCGACACAACCAAAAUAAGGCGGCUAUUACAUCUCCUCCGAGAGUUACACAGUCUGCCUAUGAUAACCCAACGUACAAAGUUGAAAUUCAACAGGAAACUAUGAAUUUAUGAUAAAUACAAAGAACUGCAGUGUAAAUAUUUAUUAAUACUAAAAGUGAACAAAUGUUACUAGCUGUUAAAUAAUGUAAAAUGUAAUUAUAUUUUAAUUUGUAAAUGUGAAGUAAAAUAGUGUUUCUAA